CCGGAAGAAGACGUGACGUAACCACAGCAUCUAAAGAUGGCGGCGCUGGUGGCUCCUCGUCUGGCCUUGUUUGGCUCUUUUUCAACAAGGCCCUUUUCAGUUUUUGCUAUUCAACAGAAAUGCCUGCACAGCAGUGCUCAAAAGGAUAACACAAGUGUGGUACCAUUCAGAGGGAAAAGCACGGCAGUGGCAGCAGCCAAACCAUCAUCUGUGGCUAGCAGCAAGGGGGAGUAUGUUGUUGCCAAGAUUGAUGACCUCGUCAACUGGGCACGCAGGAGCUCUCUGUGGCCGAUGACCUUCGGCUUGGCGUGCUGCGCAGUGGAGAUGAUGCACAUGGCGGCCCCUCGUUAUGACAUGGAUCGUUUUGGAGUUGUGUUCAGAGCAAGUCCCCGGCAGGCUGAUGUCAUGAUUGUGGCAGGAACUUUGACUAAUAAGAUGGCACCAGCCUUGCGGAAGGUGUAUGACCAGAUGCCCGAACCCAGAUACGUCAUUUCCAUGGGAAGCUGUGCUAACGGAGGAGGUUACUACCACUACUCCUAUGCUGUCGUCAGAGGCUGCGAUCGAAUCGUCCCGGUGGACAUUUAUGUUCCAGGUUGUCCUCCCACUGCAGAAGCUCUCCUUUACGGGACCUUACAGCUGCAGAAGAAAAUUAAGCGCGAGAAGAAGAUAAGGAUUUGGUAUAGGAAGUGAAUGUGUAAAAUAUAUACAGUAUCUGUGUGUACCUGGUAUGUAAAUGUUAUAUUUCAAGUUGCAUUUGGGGCACCGCUCCUCUUCCACGUAGAGCUGCAGGAACUUCAAUACAGUCAUUAUUGUAAUUUAUACACUGCUGCUUAACCCAUUCAGCGGUUUUAUGGAAUCAGCAUCACCGUUUUCAGAGACAGUUUUUGCUUGUGUCAGAAUUUAAAACUAUAGUUUUGAAUUGAGCAAGUGUUCAUUUAAGCAGUUGUGUUCAAUAAAUAGCACAUUUAUGACACAGAACUCUCAGUCAUAAACACAAUAUGAGUGGCAGACCAUGUUAUGUUAAGUUUAAUUUUCGAAUAAACUUGGCUCUCCUGAAAAAGA